GGGUGUCGAUGCGCUCCUGAGUGUGUUGGCAAAACAUGAUGUGGGCUUUACAAGAGACCGCAUAUGGAAGGCUUUCAAUUCUUUAACCGUGGCUUGUUUUUGAAACCCCUUUUAUAACUUCUGGGAUGCGUUUAUAAUGUGCCUUAUUGGGUUAAAACUGUUGUUAUAGUGGGCUGCUGUCAGUCAAAAGUACAAAGUAAAAGUUGUUUUUUUGCUUUACUCGCACACCCAAAGAAGAAAAAGGGAAUUCCAAAUAUGUCUGCUCAAUUUCGUUCGGAAGGAUAAUCAAUAAUCAAUAUCAAUCAAUAAUAAUCAAUUACUUAAAUAUAUUUCUAACCACAAAUUUCCUUGCUCCUGUUCUGUCUUCUAUUUUGUUCAGGGCUUUUAAUUUAUUGUGUUUUCUGUAAUGUGUAAAUUGUUUUGUUUUGGACUAAUGGAAGAAAGACAGAGCGGCUCUUUCCGUUGCCAUGGCGACCACUAGAGACCACACCGGCUCAGGGAGCGCAGCGCUAGCUUGGUUAGCAUCGCUAGCUAACUAACGCCACACGAGAGGACAGGGACCGUUGUCUUCACCGCAGUCGGACCCAGUGAGCCUCGGCGACACAGCGAAGACGGUCAGACGUUACGCAGGAGCUGUAGCUGCAUGUGUGGCAGGAGACGAGAAGAAGAUGCUAAAAACAUCAGUGGAGGAUAUCAAAGCUGCUGGUAUUCACCCACAGGACCUCAAUAAAAUUCAUAUACCAAAGCCACCCAAUGGUCGUCAAAAAGCAGCGCUCAUGACAGCUGAUGAGGAAGGCGAUGUGGUGCCGGUGGCCCAUCCAGUAAUUCCCGACCCUAACUCUCAACUUCUGGACUACACAGGCACUGGAGGCCUUCGCUUUGAUGACCACGGCAUGGUUCUUGCACACAGCAUUCUGGGUAGUUUGGAGGAUUUCAGAAGUUAUCUAGAGUCCAAAGGGAAGACGGAGAUGUUAAAGUGCAUCCCAAAGUCCAGCACACAUGAUCAAUCCGAGGCCCCGGGGAGUCCUCCUUCUGAGGCUGUGGAGAAUAGGCACAGGAUCCCUUCAGGGCCCAGAAACGUUCCGUGUAAUGCCCCCCAGCAUCGGCAUACACGUAUGACGCAGCAAAGACGUCAGCAGCACUUCUUAUCUGACUUGCUCGACAGGCCAGUUGAAAACUUACUGAUGAACCAAGCAAACCGCUUCAGAGAAACCCAGGAGAAGAGGGAGGUUCUAGACCAAGUCAUGCCAAACAUCCACUCUGGAUAUGGUUACCGUGUGGGCAGCGAAUUUUGGAGUCUGCCCCAGCGUUAUGGAGAUGCUACGAGUGGCAUCUCAGCCACUCUGACUCAGGCGGAGACGGGGGGGCGGGAGCCCGUCCCACAGGUUGGACAGCAGAGAAGCAUACGCCAGGAAUCAGGAAUUAGUGCUGAAACUCUGUGUCCAGCCUCUCGGACUUGGGACCGGAGUGGAUGCCUGAAGCAGCAGUGUCAGGAGCUCAGAGAGGUUCUAGGGGACAUGGACAUCAAAAUGCCGGAAAUCAGCGGGCUGGAGAUCAUUGGCUCCAGUAAGCCAUUCACCUCAAAGAGCGGUUCCCCACUUGAGGAGGAAGAGGAGGAGCCAGACCAUGGAAAAACAAGGAAGGAGAACCUUGAUCCCCUGACACAAUGUGAGGGUGUUCAGUCAGAUGCUCUGCUCAUUCCUGCCCUGAGGUUCUGUGGUCAGCUUGCUAGAUGGACUGGAAACUCUACGACUGAAAAGGGAAAAGUAGGACUCCGAGCCACAUUAAUCUUUGAGGCCCCGACUGGAGAAAUUGCCUUUUCCCACCUGGAGCUGCACAAUGAAGGCAGCACAGCCAUCUUCUACAGCUGGGAGCAGCUUCCUGUGGCGCCCAGCUUUGCUAAGCUGCGAUCCCAAACAAAAAGCCUGCACUUCUACUUCAACUCCUCGCCUGGUGUGAUCCGUCCCCGUGACACCCAGCGGGUUGACUUCAUAUUCAAGUCGGAGGGCCCAGGCAUUAAAACUGAACUGUGGCAGCUGCACACCCACCCUGUGCUGCUGCAAGGAGCCCCCAUGCAGGUCAGGCUGAGAGGAGUGGCUCAGUACCAGGACAGAACUGCAGACCAGAGGCUUUUCAUAGAGACAAAGCUGGAAGAGACAGUGAAGGUUAAAAUGUGUCAGUCGAUUGUGGAUGAGGUGCUUUGGAGGGUCCGCACCCCAGAGAGACCAAGCUCUCCGGCAGAACUCUGUGUCAAUGAAGAGCAGGAGUUUUUAAGCAAAAACCCCAAGUUGCAGUACCUUCGUCAACCAGUGGAAGACCUAAAGAGACUGUGGCAAGAUUGGCAGCCGGAGCGUCCCUGGGACUUCUCCGUUCACACACUCCGACAGGUUGUUCUGUCUCCGCAUGAGCAAGAGUCAGCGCAGGAGGAGAGCCUGGCCCAGCUCAACUCCCUGCUUCUGCAGCUUUGUGAACUUUCUCCACUGAAUCACCCCCAGAUAACAGCAGCAGCCAUAGGGCAGCAGCUGUGGACCAAACUGCUGGACACGAUGGGGGCUGAGGCCACGAGGCUCAGAAACCUGCUGGGCCUUCCAGUGAAAGACCGAUGGAUGGAACCCUUCAUCUCUGAUGCUGAGGUGGCUGAAAACAAAGAUGAGAAGAGUGAGAAAAAGGGAGAGGCAGCUGCUAAAGUGGAGAUUAGUGGGACAAUGCCCAGAAUCAAAAGGGAGUCCCAGUCAACAUUUACCGAGAAAUCAGUGGAGGACAGCAAAAAGAAGGGGGACAGAAAGGAGGAAGUGGGGAGAGGUUCUCGGGAGAAGCAAGGAAAGGGAGCAGCCUCGCUGACUGACAUCCUGCCAGACAGUCAACAUCCUCCAGAUGUGGUGUUGAAGUUGAUGGACAUUUACACAAGGCACUUGCACAGAAAGGUUUAUGCGCUGAUGGGAGACUUGGUGGAGAACCUGUGCGACCUGAUGGAUGAUCUCACUGAGGGAGACGGACAGGACACGCACGAUUAAAACGUGACAGGCUGACACGGGAGACCACUGAUUGCUUUCAACCACACAUCUUUGUACCCUCUGUUUCUCUUUAUAAAUCAAUAAACUGAGUAUUCCUCUGG